AAUAGCACCAAAAGAAGGGCUGUAUAAUCAACUACCGAGACAAAUCACGAUCCUUUCCCACCCACUAGAAAGAGUUGCGGGAAUAUACGCAUGUAUAGUGUCAGCCUUUGAAAAUCCCUUCAGAUAAAGAAAUUUAAUAUUAUGUUUCCUAAAGUACGAGGGAGCACUGGUAUUUCAUAGUGCUGCUCCUGUCAUUUAAAAUCCAGUCAGAUGCAUUCUGAACCAGAAAAUACAGAGGAAGAACCCUUGCCUAUUCUUUGGGGACUGGAUCCCAUUUUCAGUGCAUUUGCAAAGCUCUACAUCAAGGAUAUACUGGAACUUCAAGAAUCGUACAGAGUGCCUGGCAUUUUCUUUUAUAAAACUCAUCCAGUAACUAAAGUAGACAUUUUGGGAACAGUUGUCCACAAGAGAGAACGAGAAGACUUCUUUUCUUAUGGGGUGGAUGACAGCACUGGAGUCAUCAAUUGUGUCUGCUGGAAGAACACGUUCUGGAAAGAGUACACAAAACCAAGUACAUCAAAUAUUUCAUAUCCCACAACAGCGGCAUUUAAUGUGGCCGAUCAGAUGAGGAAAUUGCAGCAGGUGGUACAGCGGCAGUCCUGCCUUGAAAUUGGUGAUGUGAUCAGAGUCAGAGGUCACAUAAAGAAUUCAAGACAGCAACGAGAAAUUAUCGCCUGUACUUAUUAUAAAGUGGAAGACCCAACAUUUGCUCACCAAAUUUCUUGGAUGUUAGAAGUCCCCCAGCUCUAUCGACAUUUUUAUGACAAACCCUUCCAAAAUGCUUUUAUCAGUUCAGACAAGAAAGAAUAUCUUUCAUUGACUGGCCUGGUGGGACAGCUAACAGAGAAGCUGAAAGAAUUUUUGCAGGAGACAAAAGUGCACACUUUCUCUCUUAAAGACCUAGAAACUGUUGAAUCUUUGGUAAAACUGGCUAGCCUUCCUGUUAACCCUCAGAACACCGCAGCUGGGGGCUUAGUCUCUAAACAGGUGCACAGUCUGUUUAGGCAAGCUGUUCAGAUGUUGCAGGAGUCGGGUCUGGUCUUCCAGAAAUUUUGUUUUCCAGAAGAGAUUUUUCAGGUAACCGAACAGGAUAAGGAGCUAUGUAAGCUAACAAAGCAAAUAAUUAAGGAGGACUCUAAAAAGGAGAAAUAUGCUGAGAAAGGCUGCCAUUUCAAUCAUAUUUUCUCAUGUGUGAGACAAAGCUACAAUUCCAAUAUUAGUGAAGCAGCCAUGCAACAAGUCCUUAGUAUUCUGGAAUGUGAAAGUGAGGUGAUCAGAACAACGGACAACCACUAUGCAAGCUUCUGAGGCCUUCUGAUAGAGGGUGGUACUCACUCACAGUUCGAAGCACAGCGUUUUUUGCACUUUUUUAUUAUUUCAACAUCAUGGUAACAAUUACAGUAACUAAAAUCAUGCAAUACCACCUUUUUUUUUAUAGAUUU